AUUUGACCGCAGCUCCGGCUCGUCCCAUUUACCCAGGCGUCGACCCUGUUUCAUUCAUCAGAUCUCAAAUACUCAGAACUCAAUACCUCGAACUCCGUUAAAAUCGAUGUGAAGAGAUUCGAGAUUCGAGAUCGAGGAAUCGAGCGAUGGACGUGGAGAGAUCCUCUCUCUGCAACUGCGUCGUCAACUUCCUGCUCCAGGAGAAGUACCACCUCACCGCCUUCGAGCUCCUCCACGAGCUUCUAGAAGACGGCCGCCAUGAUCAGGCCAUCCGCCUCCGCGAGUUCUUCUCCGAUCCCAACCUGUUUCCCUCCGAUCAGAUCUCUAGAUUCAAUUCCCUUCGAGUUGCAGACCCUCAGAUUUUGCUUGAAGAGAAAGAAACAGUAGAAGAAAAUUUGGCAAUCAGUGAAUAUGAACUUCGUUUAGCGCAAGAAGACCUCUCAAGGCUGAAGGAAGAGUUACAAAAGCAAAAGGAAUCUCUUCCAGAUGGCGAGAAUGGAUCUCAUCUAAAUGUUAAUGCUGCCGAUGGUCCUGCAAGUGAAGAGGAUAAGAGGGGGAGCUCACUUUCAUCUUUAGGUCCUCUUAAGGAUGCUGAACGUAAAGACAUCAAUUGUGCUGUCAAGGAGUACUUGCUUUUUGCUGGUUACCGACUUACAGCCAUGACCUUUAUUGAGGAGGUUACAGACCAAGAUCUUGGUGUUUGGCCAAAAAGUUCAGCUUGUGUAUCUGAUGCUUUGCGCCGUUACUAUUAUCAAUAUCUUUCAGCCACCACAGAAGCUGCUGAGGAGAAGAUGUCCAUUCUUAGGGAAAAUGAGUCCCUAGCUAAAGAAAAUGAGCGGCUUAAUUAUGAAAAAGAUACCUUACUUAGGAAUAAGGAAUUGGUCGAUGGUCAGAUUGUUGUUUUAACAAAGACCCUGGAAACUGCACAAAAGGAUCUAAAAGACAGAGAGAUUCUGCUGCAAAGUUUGAGAAAAACACUAGAGCAUCAGAGGAAGGAACUAAAUGAUUGCAGAGCUGAAAUCACUUCACUUAAGAUGCACAUUGAAGGGUCCAGGGCUAGUCGGAAUCGGGCUACAGGAGAAAAUGAAAAUGUACAAUUACUUGAAGUCAAUAACUACGUGGAUGAUCUAAAAUCUACUCAUAAUGACACAGAAAAAAUGGAGGGAGCAGACAUCACUUCCACAGCUUCACAGUCUGGUACAAACUCGAACGAAGAUUCGCUGCCUGGGGAGAAGGUUGUUCAGAUGAAUGAAGAAAUAGUAUUACCUAAUUCUGUUGAUUCAAUGUCUGGUUUGUAUGUUGGGAAUGCAGAAAGUCAACCCCUUGAUCAAGAUGGUAGAAAGAACAUUAAUACUACUUCAGACCAGUUAAUAAAUUCUUGUAAUGGUGAUGUUGACAGCAAAGAGAAUGCUCAUGACCACCUCUUUAAACCACUAUCUGAAGACGUUGGAUUAACAUAUAAAGAAGAUAGUCCCAAACGAGGAACAACUGGGGCUUUGGAGUCCAUCCAGAUACUUUCAGAUGCAUUGCCUAAGAUUGUUCCCUAUGUUCUAAUCAACCAUCGUGAGGAGCUUCUUCCUUUAAUCAUGUGUGCUAUUGAGCGCCAUCCGGACAGUACUGUCAGAGAUUCGUUAACUCACACAUUGUUUAAUCUUAUUAAACGCCCAGAUGAACAGCAGAGGCGCAUUAUAAUGGAUGCCUGUGUAACCCUUGCUAAGAAUGUGGGAGAAAUGAGGACAGAAACUGAAUUGCUUCCCCAGUGCUGGGAACAGAUUAAUCACACAUACGAGGAAAGGAGGCUACUAGUUGCCCAGUCUUGUGGAGAACUUGCAGAAUUUGUUCGGCCUGAAAUCCGUGACUCUCUCAUUUUAUCCAUUGUCCAGCAACUAAUUGAAGAUGCUGCCACAGUCGUGAGAGAGGCUGCAGCUCAUAACCUGGCAUUGCUUCUUCAGCUCUUCCCAAAUAGGGACAAAUAUUUUAAGGUUGAGGAGUUGAUGUUUCAGUUGGUCUGCGAUCCCUCAGGGUUAGUAGUUGAGACAACCCUAAAAGAACUUGUUCCUGCAGUAAUAACUUGGGGAGGCAAAUUGGAUCAUAUUCUACGUGUUGUACUAUCCCACAUCUUGGGUUCUGCUCAGCGGUGUCCGCCUCUAUCAGGGGUUGAAGGUUCUGUAGAUUCACACCUUCGUGUUUUAGGUGAAAGAGAGCGCUGGAAUAUUGAUGUGCUAUUACGUAUGUUGAUGGAGUUACUUCCAUUUGUUCAUCAGAAAGCUAUUGCAAGCUGCCCUUUUACCACUACUAUGGAAUCUCUUAGUGCUUCUCAACAAGCAAAUUCCUUUUUCUCCACUUCUGUGCUUCAACUGUAUGCUGGGGGUCAUAUGGAGUGGCCGCAAUUUGAUUGGAUGUAUGUUGAUUGUUUCCCUGAUCUUAUUCAACUUUCCUGCAUGUUACCUCAGAAGGAAGAUAAUUUAAGAACUCGAAUUACAAAGUUCCUUUUGGAUGUAAAUAUACUCUUUGGGGAUGAUUACGUUGAACACAUAAUGCUUCCUGUUUUCCUGGUCGCCAUCGGGGAUUGUGAUAGUGCUGAUUUGACAUUUUUUCCUCCGUCUAUCCACUCAAGAAUCAAAGGUUUGCGACCUAAAACUGCUACAGCUGAGAGGCUUGCUAUCAUGUGUGUGCUUCCACUAUUGUUAUCUGGUAUAUUGGGUGCUCGUAGUAGUAAUGAACAACUUUCAGAAUACUUGCGAAAGCUAUUAGUGAACAAUACAAUUAGUGAUGAUUCCUGGUCUGGUUAUCGUGUUGCUGAGGUUAUCGAUGCCGUCCGCUUCCUUUGCACAUUUGAAAAGCAUCAUGGAGUCAUUUUCAAUGUUCUCUGGGACAUGGUUGUGAGCUCCAAUGCUGAUAUGAAGAUUGAGGCUGCAAAUCUUUUAAAAGUCCUGGUGCCCUAUGUCGAUGCUAAAGUCGCAUCAACUCAAGUUUUGCCAGCACUUGUCACUCUUGGCUCCGAUCAAAAUUUAGAUGUUAAAUAUGCAAGUAUAAACACGUUUGGAGCUGUUGCUCAGUAUUUCAAAGAUGACAUGAUCGUUGAAAAAAUACGCAUACAGAUGGAUGCUUUCCUAGAAGACGGAUCACUCGAAGCUACAAUUUCUGUUAUACGUGCAUUAGUUGUGGCAGUACCACAUACGACAGAGAGAUUGCGAGAAUAUCUUUUGUCGAAGAUAUUCCAGCUUACAGCCCUUCCAUCCCAUGGAAAGGAUGUUGUACGUCGUCGUGAGAAAGCAAAUGUGUUUUGUGAAGCAGUACGCGCUCUUGAUGCUACAGAUCUUCCAUUAACUAGCGUCCGGGACCUCCUCAUACCAGCCAUAACCAACCUACUCAAGGACCCAGACUCACUAGAUCCAGCUCACAAGGAAGCCUUAGAAAUCAUAAUGAAGGAGAGAUCAGCCGGAGCAUUUGAGAGCAUAAGCAAAGUAAUGGGGGCCCACCUCGGGAUCGCAACAUCGGUUACCAGCUUUUUUGGUGAAGGCGGCCUUAGAGGAAAGAAAGACAUUGCAGACCCACAAGAGACUAUUAUUAGUUCCCCUCCUCAACCGAGCCCUUCAGCUACUCAAGAUGGCACGAGGUUUCAGCGAAUGAUGAGAGGUGGGCUUGGGGAGAUGUUACGAGGCAAAGGGAAGGGACCUGAGGAUUCUCCUGGCAAGCCCGCCUAAAUUUGCAUCUUAUGAGUUUGCAUGAAUCUUCUCUUUGAAUUUUGAAGUUGUGGCCUCGUCAUUCAAUUCAACUUCCAUAGGACGGUCUAGUGAUUAAUACGUAUUAUGUUUGUUUCGAUCUCUGAGGAUGUGCUUGGGCAUUCUAUUAAGAGUUGUUAUGAUCUGUUGCUUCAUUUAUACAUUGAUGCUAGAUGAGAUAAAUGUGUGGUGUAGUUAUAAGCAGUUUCUUCUGUUGCAUAAUUAUUUAAAAUGUAUGUAUAUAAUUGAGGACUUGUACCUACUUGAAGAGUAACUUGUAUUUCAAGAAGCAUGAGGUUAGCGCACUUUCAUCGCAGAA